AUGGGAGCCGUAUUUUCCUUGCUUUCACGUGACAUACGGGCGAAUGUGAAAUAUUUGACAACAAGCGAAUGGAAAGAAACUUAUGGCGGUCACAAAGAUGAUACCGGUAGGCGCAUGCAACGUGCUUUGUUUAAGCGCCUACCAAUUACACAUUGUUCUCUAUCGCUACUGCCGUUUGAGGAUCCCGUUUGUUCACAAGAUGGAAUCAUUUUUGAUUUAACACAAAUUAUUCCAUACUUAAAAAAAUAUGGUGUCAAUCCAGUAACUGGCAAGAAAAUGAUAGCAAAAGAGUUGAUUCAUCUGAAAUUCGACAAAGAUAGUGAUGGUAAUUUCCGAUGUCCUGUUACGUUUCGUGUCUUCACACCCACUAGUCAUAUUGUGGCCAUCUGUCAGACAGGAAAUGACCCAAAUCAUUUGGAAAAAUUUAACAUUGAACAAUUUCACCAUGUAAAAUUGGAUUUAAAGACGAAAUCUGAAAUUGAAGCUGAAAAGAAAGCCAUGGAAGAUCCGAAAUUUUAUAUCCGGCGAAUGAAUAACGAAACUAAAGAAAUUUUGGAGAAGCUGGCGAAAAAAUAUGUCCCAGCAAAAAAAGAGGAAAUAGAAGAAGAAGCAGCAGAUGAACUUAAUGCAGCACAUUAUAGUCAAGGUCGUGUAGCUGCAGGAUUGACAUCGACGACGAUGGAGCCUAUAACACAUCAGAAGGCAGCUAUACUUGAUGCUGAUACUGUCAAAUAUGCAAGGGUAAACAAGAAUGGUUAUGUAAGAAUCGUAACUAAUUAUGGUGCAAUAAAUCUUGAAUUAUAUUGUAAAGAUGUUCCAAGAGCUUGUGAAAACUUCAUCAAGCAUUGCAAAAAUGGUUACUACAACAAUACCAAAUUUCACCGAAUCAUUCGGAACUUUAUGAUGCAAGGAGGAGAUCCGACAGGUACUGGCAAAGGAGGUGAUUCUAUUUGGGGAAAGCCUUUUAAAGAUGAAAUAAUAUCAUCCCUUAGUCAUAAUCAACGUGGCAUACUGAGUAUGGCAAACCAGGGAACAGAUACGAAUAAGUCGCAAUUUUACCUGGAUGGCAAACACACUAUUUUUGGACGUAUUGUGGGUGGAACUGGGACAUUGAACGCCGUUGAAAAAGUAGAAACUGAUGAAAGUAACCGUCCAAUUGUAGAUGUGAUUUUUCUUAACUCAGAAAUUUUUGUUGAUCCUUUCGAGGAGGCUGAAAUAGCGGUGGAAAAAGAAAGGGAAAAUAUUCGCUUAACAAAAAGUAAUCAAGAAAUUGAAACAGUUGCAAGUGCGCCAACUGCAGUAAUACAAAUUCCAAAACCAAAAAUGUAUGGUGUUGGCGUUGGAAAAUACAUAAAUUUACCAGAAUUAUCUGCUGCAACAAAGCGCAUGACGAACGAUAUCGCCGAAUGUAGCAUAGCUAAAAAAAUUGUUAAGCCAAAUCAGAAUAGGAAUGAAUUAAUGUGUAAGCCCACUGGUGUGCAACCAUAUUUAUUCACAACAGAUAUACAUGAAUUAGACGAAGAAAAUAAAAAAUACAUUGGAAGUCCGAAGGUAGAGUGA